UGGCUGCCCGAUUUGAGAAGACGCGAUCACGUUAUCCGGGCCAAAGAUGCAUUGCUAUUUUGAGAAGUGGCAAAGAUCCUAAUUAAACGGACAAUAGAGACUACCCAGAGGUAUUUAAGCCUUCUUAAAUUUCUCUCGUCCUGAUUAGUGACAUUACCGUUGAAUUUCACGGUGAUAUACAAUCUUUCAAGUUUCCAUUAAUUACUACUCGCAAGAUAUGGCGCGCACCAUGAUUUGUGAUGCUCACAAUCGCCCGAUCUUUCGCAGACCAAGAAAGGAUCCAGUGACUGGUAGAACCACACCAGCUACUCGCAAAGCCUGGCUGAGGAGUCAGCCUGCUAUCCUCGUUUCUUCCGUAGAAGAACACAGCGUUAUCUGCAAAGACUGUCAGAAUCUUGUUCAAUUACACCCGCGCUUUCUUUACCAAAUCGAGAACUGGCAAAUCCAUAUGAAAGAUUGUAGUCAACAAGCCGUCGGAGGUGAACCAGCCAGGAAGCGACGUCGCAUAACUCGAGGCUCGGAGUCUGGGACGAGGACACAGAUGACUCUCAGAUCACAAAGAUUGCUUGAGGUCGAGGUCGAUGAGAGAUUAGCGCAGGACCCAGACAAAACCGAUGAGGAAGACAUCGAAGAGUUAGAGAACUACCCGAUAACUUCGACACGGCAUUCGAAGCCAGUCGCUAACGGUUAUCGUCAACCCUUCGUUGAAAGUUACGGUCGUAACUCUGAGGAUUAUUCUGACACUUUCUAUUUCUUCGAAUACGAUUAUGCCGCCGCGGAGUCAUUUACGUCUCGUUUUCCUAUCAGCAAUGAACGAGGAUCUUGGAGGGAUGAAUAGAUGCUCUGUGUAAAAAAGGAAUUACAUGCGAGUCCAGGACGUUGACAGGUUAUAUAUGUUAUGUUAUGAGAUUCCAGCUGUGUAUUAAUGUGUAUUAAUAUCGUAGUCUAUCGUUAUCAUGAUAAUGGUCGUGAUUUUGUAUCGAUACAA